CCGCCCCAGGCGUUCAGGACUCCGGCGGGAGGGCCGCGGUGUCCACCUGGGACUCCGUCUUCGGAGCUGCCGCAUGCGACUGCUGACGCCGCCGGCCCGUUCGGGAAGUCCGAAGGGUUCCGGACGCGGGAGCUGAAGCUUCAGCAGAACCCUGACCCAGGGACAGCUCAAUGGCCCUGGGAGAAGAAAAGGCAGAGGGAAAGGCGUCCUCAGACAAGAAGGCCCCUUCCUGUGGGGGCUGGAGCCGCAGGGAGCAGGAACUGAGCCCCUCAGGGCCUGUGCUCGGGGAGCAGCCGCCACGCCUGGAAGCUGAGGGAGGACCUGCCUCCCCUGUUGGGGGCACCGAGGGGCUCCCCAGCCCUGCCGGCUACGGUGGGGUUGGCCCUGGCUCCUCCAGAACCUGCCAGCCACUGGCCAAUGGGGCCAGCAGGGAGCCAGCAGCCGGUGGAUCUAAGCCCGCUCUCAGUUGCAUGCCUCCUCCUGCCAGCCUGGAGACUGGAGAUCUGCCCUCUGCGGGAAGCCAGAUGGAGGAGACCAGGCUUCCUGUCCCGGAGGCGGAGGCGCUACCUCGGACUCGAGCCAUUCCCAGAGCUGCCGCUCUUUGCUCAGGACACGAUGCUGACACUGAAGACGACCCGUCCCCUGUGGAGUCGCCGCAGGUGCCAGACCUCUGCCCACAGUCUCCCAUCCCAGGCUUCCCGUGCCCGUCGAGGUGGAGGUCGGCCGUGAGCCCGGAGACGCCCGCGCCACUGUCGUCCAGCCGCAGCGUGUCGGCCUCCUCCUCGGGCAGCAGUCUGCAGGGUCACCAGGAAAAGGCAGAGCCUCGGAGCGGCUGCCUCACCAAGGUCUCCUCCUGCCUGGAGCUGGCUGUCCCACCGUCAGCCCCCUCAGCGGUAGGCCCUGGGCCUCGGCUCCAGUGGUUGCCCCAGCCCGUGUCCUCAGCGGGGGAUGCCCCCGGGCUGGGUAGGAGACGCCUCUCCUUCCAGGCCGAGUACUGGGCCUGUGUGCUGCCCGAUUCCCUGCCUCCCUCCCCAGACCGCCGCUCCCCACUCUGGAACCCGAACAAAGAGUACGAAGACCUGCUGGACUACACCUAUCCCCUCAGGCCCGGGCCCCGGCUCCCGAAGCAGCUCGAUAGCCACGUGCUGGCUGAGCCCGUCCCGCAGGACUCAGGCGUAGACCUCGAUAGCUUCUCCAUCUCCCCGGCGAGCACCCUCAAGUCACCCACUAACGUCUCCCACAGUUGCCCACCAGCCGAGGCUGCCGCUGUGCCAUUCUCUACACCCAGAGAGCCAAGCCUUAAGCGGGGGCCCUCUGGAGUACCCCAGAAGCAGGGUGGUGUGGGGUUAGCGUCUUGCAGCCCUUUUGCCUCUACCCCCAGAGCCCCAGGCGGUAGGGCCACUCCUUGGGUGAGCAGAGAGCCUGCCCGGAAGAACCUGAGGGACUGGCCACCUGUGGGCAGGCACCUUGAGCUGGGCUCUCCACACCUGAGGACACGGGACAGAGGGUGGCCCUCACCUGGGCUGGAGAGGGAGAAGGGGGCCAGCCAGGGCCUCGGGCGCCUCGCCUGCACGGAGUCUGGAUGGAAACCACAAGAGGAGAUGGAAAGUGACGACGAGUAUCUGGCCCUACCCACUCGGCUGACACAGGUUUCUAGCUUGGUUUCGUAUCUGGGCUCCAUUCCCACCUCUGUGCCCCUGUCCACGGAUGCAGCUGAAGGGCAGAGCUCCCUGGAUGUGUCGGACAGUGAUGGGCCAGCUUCCCUCCCGUCAGACUCCAGCCAAAGCCAGCUUCCCUCCAGGGCUACCUUCAGAGGGUCCUGGAGUGCUGAGGACCAGAAGCACCGUUUGCUACGCUCCUUCAUCCAUGCAAGGCGCUCUGCUGGGGAGGGCAGUCUGGUGAGCGGCCAGGCCCUGGGGGUCUCCUCUGGACCAGUGAGAACACGCGCCUCCUGGUCGGCAAUGUUGGAUCCAGAUGCUGAAGGGCAGCUUCCCAGGAAGGGUGGAGAGCAGGGAAAAGAGUCACUCGUGCAGUGCGUGCAGACAUUUUGUUGUCAGCUGGAAGAGCUGAUCCACUGGCUGUAUCACGUUGCAGACACUACUGACCACCUCACUGCGCCCAGAUCCAGCCUUACGGGCCUCAAGUCUUCCCUGCAGCUUUACCGGCAAUUUAAGAAAGAUAUAGAUGAACACCAGUCCCUGACGGAGAGUGUCUUACAGAAAGGGGAGGUCCUGCUUCAGAGCCUGCUGGAUAAUACCCCAGUGUUGAAGGAUGUCCUGGGCAGGAUCUCUCGGCAGCCCAGCGCGCUGGAGAGCCACGCAGAUCGCCUGUACGACACCAUCUUGGCCUCCCUAGACACACUGGCCGGCUGCACCCUCACUCCCAACAGCACGCCAGCGGCACACAGGAGCGCCAGUGUGAAGGGUAUUAGCCUGGCAUCUUCUCUGGAAGAGAUGUAAUAACCUGUCAGUCAAAAUGUGGCUAUUGGGAAACUUUCGGAAGUCCUUGUGAGAGCUAUUUAAUAUUGAAACCAAGGGGGAAAUGUGACUCUAAUGUACUAGCUUUAAAAUGCUAGCUCUUCCCUGAAAGGAAGGGCUGCUGAGUUACUGUUUUUAUUUAAAAUGAGUCCUUCCCAGUUAAGGUUUUCCUUUGGUGCUUCUUACAAAGAGCAUGUAGCUUUCCAGUUGUUGAUAAAAUAAUGCCAACAAGGCUUACAGGAUUUCCCCUCCCUAUGUCCAGUUAAAAAGAGGAGACAGAACUCCUAAACUAGUCUGCGUACUGAGAUCAUUUAAAGAAGGCUGGUAUGAGAAAGAAGGUACCCAGUACUUGGUAUUCUCAGGCAUACAAGAGGAUCCAAGAGACAAAAGGUGACUGGUGAGCCAGGAACUUGGAUCUUUUCAUAAAGCGAAGCAUAGGCUUAUAAAUCACUCUUUGAAGACUGUAGAAGACAAACUCUCCAAAAUAAUAGAAAGUUUUGAACAAAUAGAACCUCUGCAAAUUAGUUUGGGCUGCUAAGAUACCUUUUAUCAUCUUAAGUGCUCAGGGCUCCAUCUGCCUGCCCAACAUUUUAAAGGAGAAUGUGAUAGGGGCUUAAGAAGCUGCCAUUGAGCUUCAGUCCACUAAUGAUCUGCCUUCAGGGUACCUUCAGGAGGAGGCAUUCUCCUCUCCUCCCUGUGAAGAGUCAGAGAAGGACAUGGAUAGGCUCACACAGUCUAUAAUAACUAUAGAAGCUAAGGCUAUUCAUAGUGAGGAAAAAAGGGAAUUCUUUGUUGCUUUGGGAGUUGACAUGUAAGUACCUGGUUUGGGGGGGGGGGGGGGGUGCGCGUAACCAAGGAGCAACCAUUUAAAGCCAACUCUGUAGCUUUUUAAAGUAAAAUGAUUGGCCACUGCUGGUAACCACACAUUCUGCAAAAACAAAGAAGUGCUUUAAAAAUGUUUUAUCGGGCUGUGAAUGCACAUGGAAGGAGGAAAGCACUUUCCCUGUGCACUUGUAUUCCAGUAGGCUACGACCUGAGGAAAGGGUUCUCCACACUUAAAUAUGUGAUCAACACUUCAAGAAAGUCAAGAUCCUUUCUCAAACUCUAGGUUCUCACUUGAGGAGGGUGCUUAAGAAAGGAAGAUACUUUAUAAAGAAAUGGACAAAUCACCUGAACCCAGUGAACCCAGAGCAGGUAACAUUAGAACAGUUGCUUUUAUAAAGGAGCCUUCUGAUAUCCCCUCAGAAUAAAAUACUUAGUAGAAAUUACCCUCUUUAAGAGAAGCUUAGAACUUUAAUUUUGGGGGCUGAGCCACUUAACACCAUCUCAUCCACCUCUGUGAACUAAAACCCUAAAGAGUUUAAACUGGAAAAUAAGCUGUUAAUAAGUUUUAAUGUUUAAAGAUUUUAAUUCUAAAGGGAAACUAUAAAAUUCAGUAGCAGUUAUAUAAAAUGGAGUAUUUCAAGUGCCUCUGCCAUUCUAGUAUUUAUCAAAAUGCUUAAAGCAUUUAUCAAAAUGCUUAAGGGCGUAAUUUUGAUUCUGCUGUCUCUGUUUUUAAUCUUGGUUCUGUACAUAGAUUUAAAAAGACAAAACACCUUCCUAGCAGAUUAUUAUAUAUGUAAAAUAGUCUUAAAGGCCUUAAUUGGUUAAGAAGACAUAUCUAAUAGCCUCUGUUCUUAAAUUGAUAUAUUUCACCUUCUCUUUGAUGUGACUAUAAAUUGGUACAUGCCUUUCCAAUGAGUGUGUUACAGGACAAGCCCUUGGGAGUUAAACCCAUUUAUUUACAAACAUUUUGCUAGGCAUGAAAAUGCCUUAACUAGUUAGCAAAAGAACUGUUUCUAUAGGACUGUCAUCUUCAAAGUAACCAAUGGUAUUUUACAGUAGUUGAAUGCUGAAAGUGCCAUUCAAUCUAAUAAUUAGCUUCAGCUGACAAAUUUUCACAGAAUAUUUUAUUUCAGAGUACCCUAUUUUGUAAAAAACUAUUACUUUUACCAAGCGAUGAUCUAAAGAUAUUUUUGUUCACUUCCUUUGCCUACUCUGGACCUACUCAUGAAUAUCACCGAAGAGUAUCAGGAAGGCUAUUAAUGGUAUCUUCAGCAGUGCUAUAGGUGUAAGACCUCCCUUAAAAUUCAAGCAGAAAUUGUUUCUGACUAGAAGAUGCCACCAGCAGCAUUUCGUAAGCAAACACGGCCAGGUUCGAUUCUGGGAGCCUAGCUGGCCAGUGCUCUGUGGUCCACGUUAGCCUUAAGGACAGCAGUGGCUCAGUGUAGUUACAAAACCCCAAGUUUACCUGUAGUGUAAUUUCCCAGUAGUCCCCUUAAAGUAGCAGAACUGAAGUCCACAGGCAAGUGGCAGUACUGGGAGCUAGAUUGGCAGUUUCAAAACCUGGGUUCUUGUUGCAGCUCCACCACGGCUUAACCUCAUCUGCAAAUAGUAGACAGUGUCAGUACAAUACUGUUUUGAAGCUUAAAUGGGAAUACAAAGAAGGGCAGAUGUAAAAUAUGUUGCAAUGACAACAUACAUGCUAAAGGAAAUUUUGGUCUGUAGUCAAAAAAAGUCAUUGCUUAGACCAGAAUGGCUAUCAUUUUGCAAGGAUUUCCAGAGACUGUGACUGCUUAGGUUUAGAACAUGUGAGCUAAUUCAUAGCAACCACUUAACAAAAUACGGCAAGCAAUAAUUCGAGUGAAUGGAUUAUCAAAAGCCCAUAAUAAUAUAGCUUGAAAUAUUUGUACUUGAAAAUGGGGGUAGGAAUAGGAGUAUUUUCCCCAAAAACUGCAUUUAUUAAGUGAGUAGUGAAGCAUGCUGAAACAUCUUGUCCCAGUCUUGACUACAACCACAAGGAAAAGAACACUAGAAUUUUCAAAAAUAAAUAUGUAAAUAUGCUUACACCUCAAAUUCACAAAUUUUUUUGCUAACUCACCAAGAAAAAGCUGACAGUUUGAACAACUUGCUGUAUAAAACAAAAGUGCAUUACAUUGUCUGAAAUUUGUAUCAUCUACUUUAAAAACAUUUCUAAAUUAUGUGUUUGUACUGUAUUGAUAAGGCAAAAAAAACCUUUUGAAGCAUUAAAAAAAUUUCACCCAAAUAACUAUUGGUAGCUUGAGGAGUUUUUCAGUUGCCUUAUGUGAAGAUGAAUAGACCCAACAAGCACAUCUAUAAUACAAAGUAAACUGUGAUUUUAUUGUGAAAUUCUCAUAGAUGGAAAAUUAAAUUGAAUAUUUAUUCUGUCCAUUUCAUUUUACAAUAAUCUUACCACUUAUUUUUGUACCAUGUAUUUCAAUUGCCUGUUUAGUGAAAAUAAAGAAACCUAUAAUUUUU